AUGACAACAGUAGCCCCGUUAGCACCUGAAGUCAUCGACCGUCUCAAGAUCCUUCAAAACCAAGACCGCCCUGUGUCUGUCGAUGAGAUUCUCGUUGCUGCCAAUCUGAACCAUUUAACGCAACAGCAACCAAGCAAAUCGACAUCCACAGUAGCUACCAAGAAGCCAUCUUCUUUGAUGGUCAUUGGUAACCUGGAGAAGUCAGUCUCCACGAGCACCUUGGCCGAACGUAGAAGAUUACCACUCAAUCCCGAGAAAUUGAAACUUUACAGCCAGAUCACCAGCAAUAAUUCAACUCAACAAGAUAGCCAAAUCCUGAGGCGAUUGGAAGAACAAAAUGCAAAGUUACCAACUCAAUACUCUGAAGAGUACAUGGUAGCUCAUUUGGAAAGACAGAAUGCUCUUUUGAACGCUGAUCCCAAGUCUGUCUGUAUCGAAUCCAAUCGAUUGCAAGCUGAUUUCGAUACAAUUCGAAAUCUUGUCAGCGAUGCAACAUUCUCACCCACCAGAGAAGAUUACGAACAAUCCAUCCAAGCCAUGUUAGCAAAGGCACCUCUUACGGAGACUGAUAGUGUCGACGAUUGGGAUUUCUGGCAAGAAGUGGUGCGUGAUUUUCCUACUGCUGUAGCUAAAUUGCCUCACCUUUUGGCUGCUAAACUUCGCUGUGGUGGCAUCCCCCAUCGUAUUCGUGGUGUGAUUUGGCAGGCAAUGGCACAAUCCAGCUCAUUGAAUCUGGAGACGCUAUACACUCGUCUAUCUGAAGAAAGCGAACAGUCUUCCUACGAAAGAGUCAUCCAAAGAGAUCUAUCUCGAACAUUCCCUCAAUUAGACAUGUUCAAGGAUGAUGGCGGUGAAGGACAACUGGCCAUGGGUCGUCUACUGAAAGCAUACAGUCUUUACGAUGCACACGUCGGUUACUGUCAGGGACUUGCAUUUCUUGUAGGGCCUCUAUUAAUGACGAUGCCAGAGAAUCAAGCGUUUUGUGUAUUCGUCAGACUCAUGGAGACUUAUGAAAUGCGCACCAUGUUCACCUUGAACAUGGAGGGGUUGCAUCUUCGUUUGCAUCAAUUUGGAGUACUGCUGUCUCAGCUCUGUCCUCGCUUGGACGCUCACUUGAACAAACACUCUAUUCACACAGCCAUGUAUGCAUCCCAAUGGUACCUGACUCUAUUUGCGUAUUCCUUCCCUAUUUCUCUGGUGCUACGAAUCUAUGAUUUGGUCUUUGCAGAGGGUGCUGUCGAGACCAUCACUCGAGUCGCUGUGGCCAUCAUGCAAAAGAACGAAGAUACACUACUGGCCAUUGAUGAUUUUGAGCAGCUCAUGCUGUAUCUUAGCUCACGCAAGCUAUACCACGUUGCAUAUCAAUCCGACCCUGAGGCUGUCAUGGAGGACACAAUGGCAUUGAGUGCUGUGAUCACCAAGCAAAAGAUGGACAAUAUCUCGGAAGCCUAUUAUCGUGAAAUUGAACAAGAGAAAACUCGUGCACAGCAAGUCUUGGCCAUUCGCUUUGGAGGCUGGGGAAACAAAGCCCCUACCUCGCCUACGAGUACCACCAAAAAGAAUAAGAGAGAUUCUUGGUUUUCUUGGGGCAAUGCUUCUGCUGCUGCUGCAUCACAUGCAUCUGUCGACGGUACUCCUAGUUCAGAAAAGAGCGAGCCAUCUUCAUUGACAUCCAGCCAAACAGACAUCCAACAAGCACAUCAGCAACAAGAUCGCACCAUCCCAAUGUUACACGAGCAAAUUGAAGAUCUGGUUACUGCCCUAUCUCAACUGCAAAAGGAGAACACGCGAUUAUCAGAGGACAUCAUGGCUCGACAGAUGAAGGAAAUGGAUUUACUGACUGAGCGCAAUAAUCUCUUGCAAAAGAACUCUUCGCUGGAGAGAAAGAUGAACCAAGUAUCAGAUCAGGAUCAGCCAAGCCCUGUUGAAUCAGUUGACGGAGACACUAUGGACAUGGCAGAAGUAGACAAGCUACAGUCAUUACAGAAACAAGCUGAAUUUAGGGGUUUUGUUGACUCGCUGAAACUGAGUGGUGACUUUGGUACCCUCAUUGCUGGCGCGUUGACGGUCCAAGAACAACAAACAUUGCCCUCUGUUGUGGAAGAACAAGAACGACCAGAACAACGCCAGGGAGAGAAACCUCAUGCCGACAGUAACGGAACCGGUUUCGACGAAGUUACAUCAGAACUGGUCGCUAUUAAACUGGCUAAUUUUGAAAUGGGUCUCAAGUAUCAGAGUCUCUGUCAAGAGAACGAGCAAUUGAAGCGAGAUCUGAAAGCUACCACCGAAGGUCAGACCGCUCUUGUCAACAAGAUCAUGUCACUCCAGACUACCAUUGAAUCCAUGCAGAUUGAUCACGAGCAAAUCUUGCAGGAGAGAGACGAUUUAGUGCAGGAGAAUGAAGAGUUGACGCAAAAGACAUUGGCAACCAAAAAGACAUGUGCUGAUCUGCAACUGGAGAAACUAUCCCUGGACGACGAUUGUCAGCGCCUGCAAGAUAAAGUCAAAGAGUUGGAAGAUCAACGCAGAGAAUAUUUGAUGCCUCGAGGCUCAUUUACAGAGGAGGUCUUUGCCGCCCACAAGACCCUAUUUGGAUCAAAGCCUGAAGCUCCUCCAAUGAGUCGUCGUCAUACUGUCCAAGCAAUCAACAGUACUGGAUCUCUAGACGACUCAAAUGACAAUACGUAUCAGAAAAAGUACAUUGAAAGUGAUUUACGUUGCAGAGAGCUGGAGAAGCUACUAGCCGAAACCAAGUUUAGAUUGGUCGAGUAUGAAGCAGCGGCUAAUAACAACGGUGGUACCACUACAUCGCCUCGAGGAUCAUUGCAGCAAACCAGAAGACCUACAUCUCUGCAACAAACAAAGAGAAGCUCACUGUCUAUGCUCGUCAAAGUGAACAGCAACAGCAGCACAAGUGGCCCUCAUUCUCCUCCAUAUACCGAUUCAAGAGAAUCCACUGAAAGUCAUCGCUCCUCUACAUCUUCUUGCAGUCAACAGCAAAAAAGAUCCAGUGUGUACUCGAGAUUCUUGAACGCCCUGGGCACCGGUCCAUUACCUGAGGAAGAAUCUCCAGAAAUGACGGAAGAACUUCGAAACUAA